GGAGAGAAAAAGAAAGAAAGAAAGCCUUCCAGUAAAACUGUUAUGUUCUUCUUGCCAAAUUCACGCCAGUGUUCGUCCGACUGUCUGACAGCCUGAGGUUGGCUUGUGUCCACACGACGUGGUUCGCCAGGGACGAGCUUUGAUGCCCUCAUCACAUCGCUGCUUCUACACGUGCGCGCGCGCUACGGGCAUAUUUCUGAUUUUCCCACGCAGGAAAUGUGCACUAAAGCAACGUGAACUUGGUUGCAACAUCACUGUACGGUACUGCAGGGUCCCUCCAUGGAUUAGACCUCAUCUGUCCGGCAGCGCUGCUGUUCGCAGGAUGAGCUAAUGCAUUGUGCAGACAUGAGAGGACAAAGGAUGAUGUGAAGAUGUCCCAGAAGACCACUAAAACAUGGUGCCUUAGGCUUCUCCCAGUUCUCCUCUUCUUCAUUUCUUUUGCCACAUACUACUUUUCCUAUGCCAUACUGCGGAGCUACGGCAACACCAGCAAGCCUCUGAACAGUAGCAAGUUGGUGUGUGGAGGCUGGCUAACCCAGAAGAAGUGGGAGAGCCUUAACUUUAACAUCAGCAGACAGACACAGCUUUUUCUGAAAAUGGGAGAUUUCCUUUGGCGGGAGCAUAUGCCAAAGCUGGCUUUACCUUACGGCAUUAAGGACAGUGAGCCGUUGCUACUUAAAGUUCUUGCAGAAACAGUAGAUUAUCAGCUGCCAGCUGACAUUGAAAACCUUGAAUGCAGAACCUGUGUGGUCAUAGGCAAUGGCUUUGUAAUUAAAAACAGCUCCUUGGGAAGCAUCAUCAACAAAUACGACAUGGUCAUUCGGUUGAAUGAUGCCCCGGUGAGAGGCUAUGAGAAGGAUGUAGGGGACAAGACCACCAUGAGGUUCUUCUACCCAGAGUCAGCCUCGUACAACCCUGGAUUGCACAACGAGCCAGGCACUCUUAUGGUCCUGGUGCCUUUUAAACAGCAAGAUCUCCGCUGGCUCAAAGAGAUCCUCUAUAAUGAGAAGAGGGUCAGAAAAGGCUUUUGGAAGCUUCCUCCCCAGAUCUGGUUGGGUGACGUCAGUAAAAUCAGAGUCCUGGACCCACACUUCUUGCACCAGACUGCAGACAAACUGCUCCAGAUUCCUCUGCACCCAAAGGGAAAACAGAAUCCAGUGCAUCCUACCACAGGUAUCCUUGCUGUCUUUGUUGCUCUCAACUACUGUGACGUGGUUCACGUUGCUGGAUUUGGGUACCCUAAUUCAAAGAACCAGCGGCAGCCUAUCCACUAUUAUGGGUAUGACACCAUGAAAUCUAUGAAGAAUUCUUAUCAUGACCUCAAUCACGAAGCUGAAGCCUUAAAGAGACUGGAGGAUUCAGGAGCCAUUUUAUACCUGCACCCGCACUUAUGAUACGAACACUUUUCACGUUCUCCAAGCAAAAAAAAAAGAAAAAAAAAGAAGGAAAAUAAUGAGAAUAGUUGAUUACCAAACAUUUGUAUUUGGUUUAGGUCUUUUAACCUAAAACAGAUAUUAAAGUGCCUUCCACAUUGGGAUACAGGACUUUUAGCUUGUGCAUUAAAUCUGACUGUUGCAGAUGCAGCGUAAAGCUGGAUCAUGGGAGAGGGGAUGUAACUGCUCUCUAAAGGUUUCAUCCUGGUACUGUAGCAGGUUUUCAGUUACAACUUUGAAACUUAAUACACAGGACUUUGACGGGAGGUACUGAUCUAGGUCUCUCUUUGUGAGAACCUGCUCUGAAUCUGCUUAAAGUUAUGAACAAUUCCAGGCUUUGAUGUUGUUUUGUGGACUUUGUAAUAGAAUGAACUUGUUGCAGCAUUGUAGGAACCUACCUACUGUUGCAGACUUGUAGCUCAGAAAGGGGCUCACUUGUCCGUUGAUUUCAUGUAUAUCUGUAAGCAGUAAAGUUAAUAAGCCUGAAUUAUUUGUUAUCCACACAUCAAUUUUCAAGUCAAAUGUUUUUUUCUUUUUCUUCUGGACAGAUUUUUUUUUCUUCAAGGACAGAUUGAAUGCAGCUUGUUAGGGUUCAUGGGGAUUUACAUUCAGUACAUCAAUACAUUGUAAUUAAAGUGAAUUUCUCACAAAUUGACAAAGGUAGAUUCACUCGCUGUACCUUGUUCACUUGCAAAGUUUUGAUUUCAUUAACUGAGACAUUUAAUUUAUUUAAUUGUUGUUUUAUUCAGACACAAUUAUUACCACUGGAUAUUUUUGUAAGUACAGAAUGAAAUACAUUUUUAAUUAAAAAGUGAUUCAAAUAAGA